AUGGACAACGGGCUCAACCGCCUCGAGUGCCGAACCUGUCCCUACGAGUACGCCAUCACCGAGCCGCUCUACUCGCGGCGCGUCUUCCACCGCAAGGAGAGGGAGGAUGUCUUUGGUGGGCCGGGAGCAUGGGACAACGCUCAGAAGGGCAAGGCUCAGUGCCCCGCUGAGGGCUGCGAUGGCGAGGAGGCCGCAUUCUUCCAGGUCCAGAUCCGCAGUGCCGACGAGCCCAUGACCAGCUUCUUCAAGUGCAUGACUUGCGGCCAUCGGUGGAGGGAGAACUAG